AUGGGUAAGAAACGCUUCUAUGACGCCGUCCGCGAUCUCAUCCGCGACAGCCACGAACCCAUCGAAGAGCCUGCCCGCACUCGCCCGCGCCUCUCCAUCGCCUCACUCCUUACCGCUCCGCAGACGUGCGCUGCCUGUUGGGACCCAAUCUCCAACCAUCACCAUCCUGUUUUCUCCUGUGAUAAUUGCUUGAAUGCAUACUGCCGCUCGUGUCUUGCUGCAUACGCCCGCACCGCCCUGAAAGACCGCCAGAUGCUGCCGCUGCGAUGCGCUGGUCAAGAGUGUCGCGCUCCCGUGCCGCUGUCGGGGCUCCGUGGCCUGCUCAAUGAGGAGGAAAUCGGGCGGCUGUCGCGCUUCCAGUGCGAGCUUCUGGGAAGCCACGAGCAGAGCGCGGACGACGCUUCAGACAAAGAAUCGACGCAAGGGGGCACCGCUAGCGAGGGCGGGGAUGACAAGCUGGAGGAAUUGAUGGGGACGUUAGGGUGGCGACGGUGUCCGGAUUGCGGGACAGGCGUGGAACGGACGCAUGGGUGCUCGCAUAUGAGCUGUUUGUGCGGAGGCGAGUUUUGCUACUCGUGUGGGGAGCGAUGGGGUAUUGGAGGGUUUGGGUGUCCGAGAAGAUGUGGGCUGCCGUUUGGACAGGCCGGGGUGUUAGGGUUGCUGCCGUUGCCGGUGCGGUUUGAGACGCUUUGUGAUGUGGUGCGAGCGAGGAUUGCGGCGCUACUGGAGGACUUGCAGGCGCACUUGGAAGAGAAUGGUGAGGAGGCAGCACGGAUGGCAGGGAUUGUUGACCAAAGACCCAGGGUUGCUCUUAGAGGGUUGCACGGGCCUGAGUUUGGGGGGCUUGGUGUGACGACGAGGAUGCAGACGAGGUUAGCUAGGAGAGGUUUGAGAGAGGCGGAGGAGGUUGAAAAUGGUCAGGAGGGACGGCCGGCUAAGAUGCGAUUGAGAGCGCUGGUGCAUCCAAGUACAGAAAAUAGGCUUUGAGAUUUCAGUGAGCCGGUGGUUGCCAUUUUCUCGCAGUUUUGACAGUCGAUGCCAACGCGAAGAUGCGAUACCGGUCGAGGGCGUGACGAGAAGGUUUUCGUUGCGGGGGCAUUACUCUUAGCUAAAUAGCAUAGGUAGAGAGAGCAAGGAGACACGGAUGGAGAAUAAGACAAGUUUGGACGGAGUAGGUUGGCGCGACAUGCAGAUCGAGGUAGCAAAGGGGGAUGCGAAUUUAUGAAACGGGAGACUUUCAAAAUGGUUCAACCUCGUCAGCAUUGCACGUGUACGCGUGUAUUGCUUCAAUUCGUGUAUGCGAGGUGUAAUCUGUAAAUUCCGCUGCU